CAACAUCUCUCUCUACACAAGCGGCACAACCAUGUCUGCCUCGGCGUCUCCCGCUAAGCGGACGGCGCAGUCGCUCGAUCCCGACGAAGGCGACGGCGUGACGAUGGUGAAGCGCGUCAAGCGCGAACGCGUCGAUGAGCGUGCUAUGGUCAUCGACGAAGACAGCGAGCGCGACGCGUCUGACGAAGAGAUGGACGACAACAUAGACGAUGUUGACGCCAACAUCGAGGAGCUGAGGCGCCAGCGCGCCGUCGAGCGCGGGCGCCGCAACCCCGAGGACCUCGCCACCGCCGGUGUAGUCAAGGAAAUCUCUCUGCAGAACUUCAUGUGUCACGAGAAUCUCACUGUCACGCUGGCCGAGAAGGUCAACUUCGUUGUCGGGCACAACGGCAGCGGCAAGUCGGCUAUUCUGUCUGGUCUCGCCGUUGCGCUCGGCGCCAAAGCGACAGUUACAGGCCGCGGCGCAGGCCUCAAGUCGAUGAUCAUGACAGGCAAGGACCGCGCCAAGGUGACCGUCACCAUGCGCAACGUCGGCGAGGACGCGUUCAUGCCCGAGCUGUUUGGCGACGAGAUUGUGAUCGAGCGCAACUUUGACAAGUCGGGCGCGUCAAACUUCAAGUUUCGAGCUUCCAAGGAUGGCAAGAUCCUGUCGGACAAGCGCGACAUGCUGAACAAAAUGUGCAGCCAGUGGCAAAUCAGCAUCGACUCGCCACUGUGCAUGCUCACUCAAGACAACGCCAAGACCUUCCUCGCACGUACCGAUCCCAAGGUCAUGUACUCGUUCUUCCUAAAGGGUACAGGCCUGGCCAGCAUCAUGGAGGAGUACCAGUCGACGAAGAUCCAUAGAGAGAAGCUCUCGCGCGAUCUUGCCAAUGCCGAGGAGGCACUACCAGAACAGCAAAGCAAGGUCAAGAAGCUCCAGAACCUCAUCCAGUUCGCCGAGAAGGCUCGCAAUCUGCGCAAGAAGCAGGAGGACCUCAAGGCGCAACUGGCUUGGGCGUUCGUACACGACAAGGAGCGUGACAUUGAGACGGUCCGUCAAUUCGCCAAUGAGCUCCAGGCAAAGAUCGACAUGCUCGAGACCAAACUCGAAGAGAUCGACGCUGCGCAGGAGAAGGCCAAGAGUGACGUUACCGUGAUCCGCGAGGAGAUUGCCAAGUUCGUCGAGGACAAUCGCCAGACGCAGCAGGAGAUGUCAGCCAAGAAGAAGAAGCUGCAGGAGGCGCGUACUGCCCUUCAAGCUGCAAAGGCCAGUGUCAAGGAGUGCAAGGGCGAGAUUAUGAGCCGUGAUGAGGAGAUUGCCGAGAUGGAGGAGAAGCUCGCUGCCGCGCAACGCGAGCAGGCCGGCGAGAUGAACCCCGAGCAAGUCAAGUUGCUCGCUCAACUGGAGAAAGCCGAUGCGCAAAAGAGCGGCCUGCAGCGACAGCUUCCUCAAAGUGAACGCGCUGUCGCGACGGCAAAAGCUGAGCUUGACGAGGCAACGAAGGCUCUCAGUGACAUCCAGCUCGAGGCCACCGAGGCCGAGAGACAAUAUAGCGAGGCCAAGCGCAGCUUGGACAACCUUCAAGCUCGUCGUACCGAUCGCCUGGCUCCGUAUGGGCGCAACCUCCGCUGGGUCAUGCAAGCCAUUGAGGCAGCUCAGUGGAAGCAUUCAAAACCGAUCGGGCCAUUGGGAUUGCACGUCAAGCUCAAAGACCCCGUGUACCGUAACUGUCUCUCCAACAUGUUGGGAAGCUCUCUGUGCUCCUUCGCAGUUCGUGAUCCUGCCGACCAGAACACUCUGCAGCGCAUCUUCGAACAGUGCGCUAGGGAUAACAACUUCUCUGCCAGCCCCGCUCGCGAUCGAGGCCCGCCUAACCUUCCCGCCGUCACUUGGUACAAGGGAGACCGCUUCGAUUUCUCGAACGGCGAUCUCGCUCGCCAAGGCGUUGGCGAAACCGUUCUUAGCAAGCUGGAGGUCGACAACGAGGACGUGCUGCGCAUCCUCAUUACCUCGCAUCAGAUUGAGCGAACGCUGGUCGCACCGAGCGAUAAUGACGCUCUUGAUGUCAUGGACAGGGUCCUCGGACCCCAUCACCAGAGCAUCGUCGUCUUCUCCGCAUCAGAGUUCCGCCACAAUGGACACGUCAGGAAUCGUCUACGACAAUCUGGCCCUCAGCCGAAGUGGAAGGGUCCUGACAUGUUUGUGACUGAUGUCGCGGCAGAGAUUGAGAGACUCCGGCCAAUCGUUGCUGAGCGUGAAGCCACCAUGCGCACUUUGCGUGCGGAGCUCCGAGUACGACAGACAGACGCCGACAAGGCCAGCGAGAAACUCAAGACGGCAGAGAAAGCUCUGGAGCACAAUCAGAGGGGCAUCCCUCAUAUUCGGCGAGCCAUCGAGGCCAUUACUGACAAGCUGAACGCAUUGCGGCCUAUCGACGGCAACGCCACUGAGAUUUCUCUACAGGAGGUGCGCGGAGAGAAGGCCAAGCUGCAGGAAGAACUCAACAACCUCGAGGGCAGCCUUGACGUCCGGCAAAAGGACUUUGAAGCCGCCGAGGCCGACAGUGCGGCAGCCCAGGAUUCGCUCAACUCGUUCCAUGAGGAAAUUGCGAAGAAGAAGGACAUGCUCACUAGCCUUCAGCAGCAGGUCAAGAAGUGUGAUAACGAGCGCAUGCACUACAAGGGGUCACUCCAGCGCGCAGAGCAGGCCCUGCAGAAGGAACAGGCCACGAUCGAUGAGGAUGAGAAGACGCUCAAGUCGUGGACAAAUUCGGCAUUGGGAUUCAUGGAGCGUCCCGACGAAUUUGGGAACGCUGCCGAUAUCGAAGCCGAGCGCAAGGCUGUCGACAAGCAAAUUGAACAAGCCAAGCGCCGGACGAACAUUGACCUCGACCAGGUCGUACAGCAGCACCUGAUCGAGACUGAGCGCCUCAACAAGACGAUUCUGCUUAUCAACUCGUUCCGUGACAUCGAGCGCCUGCUAAAGACCGGAUUUGAAGACCGCACAGACCGCUGGCAGGUGCUGCGUAAGAAUACAAGUAUUCGUAUUCACAUGCGCUUCAUCGAGAACAUCCGCAAGCGCGGUUUCGAUGGGCGUCUACACUUUGACCACGACGUCGCGGAAGAGCUGCGCCUCGAGGUGGCGACCAGCAACGACGCGGGCACACAGCGCGAGAUGGUCUACAAGGGCCCCGCGAGCCUGAGUGGCGGUGAGCGCUCGUUCGUGACUGUCUCGCUCUUGCUCUCAAUGUGGGACUCAGCACCGGCCAGUCUCCGCUGUCUCGAUGAGUGGGAUGUGUUCCUGGACUCGGCGAACCGCAGGAUUGCCGCUAAUCUACUUAUGGAAGCCGCGCGCGAUGCCACGAGCAAACAGUUCGUGCUGAUCUCGCCGCUCGACAUGAACGGUGUGAACACGGCUGGCCGAGGAAACAAGGUCAUCCGCCUCGCCGACCCUGUCCGCAACCAGCGCCGUCUUGAGGAGUUCCAGUGAUUUUUAGGUUGUAAGCAUGUAAGAUACAUAGUAGAGCGUCCUAAAUGCGGACAAGUGUUCUAUACAAGAGCAGCC